AUCUAUACACAAUCUCAUCCAGCGAUGCAAUACGCAUACUUCCUCCGCUGCAAGCAGUUUAAAAGCACCAUUUCAGAUCUCUCCUUUCCCAUCAUCACAACCCACAAAAACUUUUCUUCGACUCAGACCAAACCCACUUCAUCAUUCGACCACAACAUCGUAUACAUCAAAACAAAAACCAGAGAUGGAUAGCAGCAGCUAUUUCGGAGAACCAAACCUUGGAAAUGAAAGAUCAAGUGCCUCUUCUUCAAGAAAAGGGAAGAAGAACAACUCAGACAAGCCUAAGCAACCACAGAGAGGACUUGGUGUUGCUCAAUUGGAGAAAAUCAGAUUACACAGUCAAAUGGCCUCUGGCUAUCAUCACUCUUCUCUCCAUGGCCCUUAUCCUUCCACCUUCACCAACGAAGAUCCAAGAGUGCAAAUACCAUAUUCAUCGGUGGUGCCAUCAUCAUAUGCAGCUUCCUAUGGAUUCCAACCAAACAUCAUGAUGGGCAUAUCCGAAUAUCAAAAAACAAAUAUCAGAUAUGGAGAUUCUGAGCAAACUAAUACAGCAAGAUGGGAAACCGCCAACGACAUCUUUGAGAGCCAGUAUUCUGCUCCAUCCAACAACGUUACUCGACCCUUUAUAAACCUAAAUGACCCGCUAGAGGUAGAUAGAAGGAAGCUCAGGAAUGGUUCUGUGGGGUCAAGCAGUCAGAACUCGGAAUGUAGUGAUUCUCAAAAACUAGAUUUAGAGCUCAGAUUAUCUCUUUGAACUGCCAUUGAUGAAAGCAGUGAUGUAUUCUUAUAUGAUCAAUUGUAAUGCUUUUGUUUGUUGACAAAAUUAGAAUGGAAAACCACAAUAUAGGUGAACAAGCCAAUAUAUAUAUGUGUUACUCCACUUAACCUAAAAAGAAAUAUGAGUGAGUUGUAUCAACCCAUCAACCAAAACCCGUACAACCUAGUAGCCACGGAACGGGUAGAGACAGGUUCAUCUUUUUUCUUUGAAAAGCUAUAAUGCUGGUAAUUACUUAUAGUUUGUUAGAAGUUAAUUAUAGUGUACUAUUUUUUACCAGUAU